UUCUGGCAUUAUCAACAGGUAUUUUCUAUAAUUGCUGAAAAUCUGCUUAAUCUCUUUAAUGUUUUAUUUCUGCAGCCCCCUACCAAUAGCAUAAUUGAUGGCAACAAAAAUGUGGCCCAAUAUUCCACCCCCGAGCACCCAGACUGCUGCACUACCCUUGUGUAAUGGCUGUGGAACCCCAGGAAACGUGAAGGAUACGACUAUCUUGCAAACUAAGAAUUUCUGUAAAGCUUCACAAAAUUGUGGAGCUCCUGAGAUGUCAUCUGCUGGACAGGUGCAGGAAAAUCUGCCUCCUAUCGGUGUGUUUUGGGACAUAGAAAACUGCUCUGUUCCCAGCGGUCGCUCAGCUGUAACUGUCGUGAAGAGGAUUCGCGAACGUUUUUUCAAAGGUCACAGAGAGGCAGAAUUCAUCUGUGUCUGUGACAUCAGUAAGGAAAACAAGGAAGUAAUUGAGGAACUAAAUAACUGUCAGGUAACAGUUGCCCAUAUCAAUGCUACAGCAAAGAACGCUGCAGAUGAUAAACUCCGACAAAGUUUAAGGAGGUUUGCCGAUACCCACACUUCUCCAGCAACUGUGGUUUUGGUUUCUACUGAUGUCAAUUUUGCUCUUGAACUGAGUGACCUGCGUCACAGGCAUGGCUUCCAUAUCAUACUUGUACAUAAGAAUCAAGCCUCUGAAGCACUGCUUCACCAUGCUCAUGAACUUAUCGGCUUUGAAGAGUUUAUCUCGGACCUUCCACCAAGGUUAACCCUAAAACCACAGCAGUGCCAUACUCUGUUGUAUGUCUACAACUUGCCAACAAACAAAGAUGCAAAAAGUAUCAACAAUCGCCUCAGACGCCUGUCUGAUAACUGUGGAGGGAAAGUGAUGAGUAUUUCUGGCAGUAGCGCUAUUCUCCGCUUUAUCAAUCAAGAGAGUGCAGAGCGAGCACAGAAACGCAUGGAGAACGAAGAUGUGUUUGGUAACCGUAUUACUAUUUCAUUUGCACCUAAAAAUCGUGAUGUAACUGAAGCAAAGACCUCCAUCUGCACGAUUGGCGACAAAUUAAAGUCUCCCAAAAAAGUAAAUAAGAAUACCAAACUGUGCCUCAUUGCUAAAGAUCAGCAAGAAUCCUCUCAAAAUGGCAAAGGCUCUGCCGGCAAGACUGCCUACAGCUCUGGGGGCAAAAACUCAAAUGUGAAAAGUUUGCAGGAGCUGUGCCAAAUACAGUCCAAAUCUUCUACCAAGCUAAAUCAAUACCCAGAAGACAAAAAGAAAAAUGGAGAUAGAUUACACUGCACAGCAAGUUCUAGCAACACUUCUGUUUCUAGCCAGGUGUCUGUCACCACAAAAAGUGUUGGACUAGAAGACGUGUUUACAAAUGAAAAAAAGUGGGAAGACUCUGUCAAUGGAAACGUUUCUAUUUCCGUGGAAAGUAGUAAGGAGGAAACUUUUCAAAUUAGUAAUCCAUCUGCUUUCAGUAAACUUGCUGAUACUAGACAACUUAGUCCUGUUCGCCAAUCUGUCUGGUCAUCCAGUUUGUCCCCAAAUAUUUCCAAUCCUUCACCUCUAACUUCAAAUGAGACUGAUGCCACAGAUUCACCUGUUGAUCCAUUUGCAAAUGGUGCCGAUGUACACAUUGGGAAUCUAGAUUAUAGGAGAUCUAGGAAGGAGCUUCUUCAGACAUUGCGAGACAUAUUUUCCAGAUAUGGAAAGAUAAAUCAUCUUGAGCUCAGUCCUCAUACAGAUUAUCAGCUGAAAGCUACAGUUCAGAUGGAAAACCUUCAGGAAGCAAUCUGUGCCGUUAACAGUCUGCAUAGAUACAAAAUUGGUAGCAAGAGGAUCCAAGUGUCCCUGGCUACAGGAUCAGCCAAUAAAUCGCUCUCUUUACUCAGCCUUGGAGCCAUUUCCAUCCUUCAAGAUGCCCCAGCUUGCUGCUUGCCAUUAUUUAAAUUUACCGAGAUCUAUGAGAAAAAGUUUGGCAGCAAGCUGAUUGUGUCGGACCUGUACAGAUUAACAGACACAGUUACUAUCCGUGACCAGGGGAGUGGAAGACUGGUCUGUCUGCUACCAAGUUUUCAGGCAAGGCAAAGUCCUUUGGGGUCUUCUCAGUCACAUGAUGGCUCAUCCUCCACCUGCAGUCCUGUGGUAUUUGAAGAACUGGAGUACCAUGAACCAGUCUGCAGACAGCAUUGCACCAAUAUGAAAUACAGCACACAUGACUUUGAUCCGGAUUCUUAUAUAAUCCCGUAUAUUAUCCUAUCCUUAAAAACAUUUGCUCCUCAAGUACACAGCCUCUUGCAGACACAUGAGGGCACUGUUCCUCUCUAUAGUUUCCCUGAUUGUUAUGCAGCAGAAUUCAGCUCUUUGCAUGAGGUUGGAGAAGGGCAAGGAGGAGUGCCUCUUGAGCACUUGAUUACCUGUGUUCCUGGUGUCAACAUUGCAACUACACAGAAUGGGAUUAAAGUAGUUAAGUGGAUACACAACAAACCUCCGCCCCCAAAUUCUGAUCCUUGGAUGUUGCGAUCCAAGAGCCCAGUUGGGAACCCUCAGUUGAUACAGUUCAGUCGAGAAGUGAUUGACCUGUUAAAAAAUCAACCCUCGUGCAUUAUGCCGGUCACUAAGUUUAUACCAAUUUAUCACCACCAUUUUGCAAAACAAUGCCGUGUGUCUGAUUAUGGCUACACAAAGCUGAUGGAACUUCUUGAAGCUGUGCCACAUGUUCUGCAGAUUCUUGGCAUGGGCUCCAAACGUUUCUUGACUCUAACUCAUAGAGCACAGGUAAAGCGUUUUACCCAAGAUCUUUUAAAACUUCUCAAGUCCCAAGCUAGCAAACAGGUUAUUGUAAAGGAAUUCUUACAAGCAUACCACUGGUCAUUUUCAAGAGACUGGGACGUUACAGAAUAUGGAGUUUGUGAACUGAUGGAUAUUUUAUCAGAGAUACCAGAUACCACAAUAUGUGUUACUCAGCAAGACAACGAGACUGUAAUCUCCAUUCCUAGAAGAGAACGUACUCCAGAAGAGAUUGAGAGGACAAAGCAGUUUGCAAAGGAAGUAGUUGACCUUUUACGUCACCAACCUCAUUUCAGGAUGCCAUUUAAUAAGUUUAUUCCGUCCUAUCACCAUCACUUUGGUCGCCAGUGCAAACUGACUUAUUAUGGUUUCACCAAACUGCUUGACCUUUUUGAAGCCAUACCAGAUGUCUUACAGGUUUUAGAGUGUGGGGAGGAAAAGAUUUUGACCCUGACUGAAAUGGAACGUAUUAAAGCUUUGGCCUCCCAACUUGUUAAACUGCUGCGCUGUCAAAAAGACACCUCCUUAAUGAUUCCUGACUUGCUUACUGAAUAUAGCAAGACAUUUGGCUACAGUCUAAGGCUUCACGACUAUGAUGUCAGCUCUGUACUGGCACUGAUGCAAAAACUGUGCCAUGUUGUUAAGGUUACAGACACAAUCUCUGGUAAGCAGAUCCAGCUGAUUAAUAGAAAAUCACUACGCUCUUUAACUGCACAGCUCCUUAUUUUACUCAUGUCAUGGGAUGAGCCAUCACCACUUACUGUUGGCCAGCUGUGCCGUAUAUAUGAAAGUGUUCAUGGAAUUCACCUCAAUCCAUGUGAAUAUGGUUUUGUGUCCUUGACUGACCUCUUAAAAAGCCUUCCUUAUCUGGUUGAGGUAAGAAUUUUUUCAAUCCAUUUGAACAGUGGAUUUUUUAUGUUUUGCUAGCAGUGUCCUACAUUUUUUUUUCUUUUUUUUUUUUUCUGGAAGGUAUAUACGAAUGAUAUGAAUGCAGAAUGCAUACAGCUGACGGCACUUUAUCUGUUUGCAAAGAAUGAGUUUAGUACAGCAUACAGCAAAUAUGUCGGCGAAGGGGGCAAUUGCACAGGUGAUCUGGAUAAAGGGACAUGGCCAUAAAAGAAUUGUUGUAUUGAAGAAUGACAUGAAGAUUUCUCACCAGAUGGACAGGGAACUCCUCUGCCUCACGUCACCUGUUGAUCUCUUAGGUGGUCCUGUUCCUUCUUGCCUUCCAUCUCCUCAGUUGCAUCCUGAUCCAGUCCUCCAAGAGUCCGGUGACCUCAUACAUUUUGAGGAACAACUGUCUGGCUCGAAUAUUGAUGAAUGCCAGAACAAGCCACCCUCUGACAGUUUAUUACCCAAUAACUACACCAAGUCCAAUGGUAAACACGAGGAUGCGGAACACUCUUUUCCAGAUUCUGACAAACCAGAAUCCAAGCUUUCAAAGGAAUUGCAAGAAAGUCCAGUAAAGAAACAGAGCCGAAGCAGAGUGAAACUGGCAGCCAACUUCUCCUUCGCACCUGUUACAAAAUUGUAA